AUGCCUAAUGCAAAAUAUGAAGAAGAUAUUGUGUUCAUGAUUUGUAUGACAGUUCAUUGGAAAGAUAAUCCUGAACUGUUAAAGCAAAUCUGUCUUGUUGACGUUGAAACUGCGUUAGACUCACAGUUAAUUACGAUUAUAUGCGGAUCUCAA